AUGGGAGAUGCCGUGGUCGGAAGUGAAGAAGGCCAGGCGGGAGGAUUUGUGAUGAACAAGUACUACCCCGGAGAGCAGGCCUGGGCGGUGGCUCUCAAAGUCUCUGACAAGAUGGCCCUGAAGGGUCUGUGCAGGAGAGCAAAAGCAGAGGCCAACUGGACAGCCCAGACCACAAGACCAGAGGACACCGGGGCCAGAGAGGUACCAGGUGAUCAGAAAGCAGUGCAAGCGCCGGGUCCUGGUGCUGAUGGGCUGGAGGAAAGAAUCCAGAAUGAUGCUCGCCAGCACCAGUAUCCUCAUGGUGGUAGAACAGAAUACAGAAAUCGGAUAAAGGAUAAAUUUUGCGUCCUAUUGGAGAAGAGCCAUUGGCUUGGAGCCUCUGAAAAUGUCUGUCAUGAGAUUGCCCGGGAAGGCCGGGAACUGUUGGAACACUUGUUCGAUGAGGGUGUCAGGACUGGCGAGCAGCCGCAGGCGGUGGUCCUUCAGGGAGCUGCUGGGGUCGGGAAGACGACAUUGGCGCGAAUGCUGAUGUUGGACUGGGCCCGGGGCCGUCUCUACCAGCAGAAAUUCACCUGCGCCUUUUAUCUCGAUGCAAAAGAAGUCAACCAGCUGAGAGAGAGAAGCUUCACGCAGAUGAUCUCCAAGGCCUGGCCCAGCUCAGAAGGCCCCAUUGAAAGGGUUUUGUCCCAGCCGAGUGGUCUCCUGUUUGUCAUUGAUGGUUUCGGCGAACUGAAAUUUGCCUUUGAGGAGCCCGAGUGUGUGCUGUGCAAAGACUGGGCCCAGGUGCACCCCGUGUCCUUCCUCAUGAGUAGUUUGCUGAGAAAAGUGAUGCUCCCCCAGUCGUCCCUGUUGGUGACGACGAAACUCGCAGCUUGUGACAAACUAAAGCUUGUGUUGAAGCGUCAGCGUUCUGUCCGGCCCGGUGUGUCCGAGGAUGCAAGAGAGAGGCAUAUCCGUCGGUGUUUUGAAGACGAGCGGUGGGCCUUGCAGGCGUGCCGCUGCCUCCGAAACAACGAGACGCUUUUCCGCAUGUGCAGAGCCCCCCUCGUGUGCCGGCUCCUCUGUGAGUGUCUGGAGCAGCAGGUGGAGGGCAGUGACGUCACUGUGCUCCGCGGGACGACCCCAGCUCCCUUUGCCUGCUGCGUCUCCAGCCUGUUGACAGGGGCAGGCGGAGGCUCGCCUGCUCUCCCCAGCGAAACCCAGCUGAUGAGCCUGUGCCACCUGGCUGCCAGAGGAGUAUGGACCAUGACGUAUGUGUUUUACAAGGAGCAUCUCAGACAGCAUGGCUUAGCGAGAUCGGAUGUCUCAAUCCUCGUGGACAGGCAAGUUCUUCGAAAGGACACAGGGUAUCAGAACUGCUACGUGUUUCUCCACCUGCACAUCCAGGAGUUUUUCGCAGCCAUGGUUUUUAUGUUGCAAGACAGCUGGGGCGCCAGGGACAGCUGCCUUCAGUCUUUGGAAGACUUGGAGCUGCUCCGGGAAAGCAGCAGUUCUGAGGACCCCCACUUGCUGCAGACGAAAUGCUUUCUGUUUGGCCUCUUGAAUGAAGAGCGCGUGAGACAGCUAGAGGCAGCUUUUCGCUGUAAAAUGUCCCUGGAGAUGCAAUGGAAGACGCUGCAGUGGCUGGAGAGACUGGCAAACAGCGAACCUUUGCCCUCGCAUCUGGUGCUUCCGGAGUUAUUUUACCACCUGCACGAGACGCAAGAUGAAGCAUUUGUAAGCCAGGCAAUGGGGUGUUUCCAAAAGGUCGUCAUUAAUAUUCGGAAGGAACUCGAUCUGCUUGUGUCUUCAUUCUGCCUCGAGCAUUGCCGCCGUUUGCGGGCCUUUGAACUGUCCGUAGCUGUGGUCCUUGGGAAGAAGUUACCCUGGAGCUCCCGAGCUGAGACUGGUUUAAGGGAGGCACGGGAAGCCGUAUGUAUUGAGUACGAAAGGCGUCAGUAUCUGCCACCUCGAACUAUGCAGCCUCUCCAGAAGAAGGCGUUUGAGUUCCUCAACUCGCUUAUGUGUCUAAAAGCAGAGCCUCUCCCAAGAGCUCGGCUGGCCCAGUCCCAUCCGCGGAGCAACUCUCGUCUGGUCUUGGAGAUGGAAACGAAGGGAACCCGGGGCUCGGAGGACGGAGGAGACUUGAAGCAGCACAGCGAGUCCGUGAUGGAGCGCAAAGCCUGCGGUUCUCAGUCUACACCGCCGCCUGCUAGUGUCCACACCGCGCCCGGUCUUACUCGUUGUGGUCAUCCCGGGGACGAGGUCCCAGGCUCGGGCCUCGGGCGAGCGCCGUCUUCUGAGAGUCGCCUCGGCUCAAACACAUUUGUUGGUCUUGUCCUUUUCCAAACAUUUAGGCGAAGGGCUGGUGGCCGCAGUCCUCGUGGGUGGCAAGACCUCUGGUCUGUGCUUCGUACCCCUGAGCACCUGAGAGAGCUGGACCUGAGUCGCAGCAACCUGGACGAGCUGGCCGUGCAGGUUGUCAGUCAAGAGCUAAGGCGCCCAAGCUCUCACCUGCAAAAGCGGCUGUUGAGAUUUAUCAGUUUCCCUGAGGCUUGUCGGGCCAUCUCUCGUUCUCUGGCUCACAGUCAGAAUCCGACCCAUCUCGACCUGAAAGGGAGUGAAAUAGGGGAUAAUGGAGUCAAGUCAUUAUGUGAAGCCUUGAGACACCCAGACUGUAAACUGCAGAACCUGAGCUUGGAAUCCUGCGACCUCACCGCAGUUUGCUGUCUACAUAUCUCCAGGGCUCUCAUCAGAAGCCGCAGCCUGGUCUCUCUCAGUCUGUCCCCCAACAACCUGUCGGAUGACGGCGUGACGCUGUUGUGCGAGGCGUUAACACACCCGCUGUGUCGCCUGGAGAGGCUGCCCCUGGAAAGCUGUGGGCCCAGCGCCGCCGGCUGUGAGGAUCUGUCUCUGUCCUCGGCUCUCAGCAGCAAUGACAGGCCGACCCGCCUCUGCCUGGCGGACGACGUCUUGGGAGACGGUGGAGUGAGUCUUCCGAGCGAUGCCUUGAAACAGCCGCAGUGCACCUUACAGAGCCUUGUGCUGCGGCACUGCCACUUCACCUCCCUUGGCAGCGAGUGUCUCUCGGCCUCUCUCCUCUGCAGCCAGAGCCUGACGCAUCUGGAUCUGGGGACAAACCGCCUGCAAGACGCCGGCGCGAAGCUGCUGUGCAAUGUCCUGCGGCAUCCCCGCUGCGAGCUUCGGGACCUGGAACUGAUGGGCUGCGUUCUCACUGGCGCAUGUUGUCCGGACCUGGCUUCUGCUCCCUGGAACAACCCGAACCUGCAGAGCCUGGACCUCGGGACCAAUGACCUGCGGGGUGGAGGAGUGCGGAUUCUCUUGGAGGCGUUGAGACACCCAAACGCGCCUCGGGAGGAAAAGAUGGGCCAAACGUCCCUUCCCCCUUCGGGGGACGUGGAGCCGUCGACACCUGCCCCCACGCAGGCGUGCGGCCUGAGGAGCACAGGUUCUGUGUUCCUGCACAUUUGCUGUAAUACUGGAGCUGCCUGUGCCAAGUGGACGGUGUCACUCCGUGGUUACACCUGCCGGGAAUUUCUGAGCAGUGGGCCGACGCAGGCCGACCACGUCAUGAUUUUGCCAGGCGGUGGUCGUAGAUCCAGGGUGAAGCGAGAGCCGUGGUUGUUCUCCCUGCUUCCAGACCCUCCCAGACUCCGAGGGGUUCCGUCCCCAGGUGAGAGUGUCGCUGGUCUUUCCCCGGCCGUGAGGUUGGAGCACUGUGGUCUGACCUCUCUCUGUUGUCAGGAUCUCGCCUCUGCUCUUAGCAGCAACCAGAAACUGAUCAAAAUAAGCCUAACCCUGAACACCUUAGGGUGUGAAGGAAUUAUGAAGUUAUGGCGUCCUGAGUGCAAACUGCAGGUUCUAGGGUUGUGCCAAGAGGCCUUUGAUGAGGAAGCCCAGAAGCUCCUGGACGCCGUGUGCGGUUCCAGUCCGCGCCUAGUCGUUAAGCAGGACUGUACCCACCCCGAGGACGCUGGCUCCUGGUGGCGGUGUUUCUGACCCGAAGAGCCUGAUGUUCUCCAGCAAAGUGAGAUGAGGCCCUCAGAGCGACCAGGCCGGGGCUCCUCACUCAUCUUCCCUAGUGACACGCGCUGCAUGGGACGCCUGGCAGUUAUAGGCUUGCCACGUCUCUGUAACGUGUCUGUUCCCCUUCACGUGGGAGUUAAGAGGCUAAAAUCAAGUGGAAAACAGAAA